GACUAGAAAAGGCAAAUUGCUCAGCACAGCUCUCUGAAAUAUCUGCAAGAAGUGCUUCUAAAGAGGUCAUGGAAGAGAAGGAGUUGCCUUAUGUGCUGACAGACAGUAUAGGAGGGACACAUGGAGUGUAUUUGGAGCACACGGAGUUUCUGAAGAAAUAUUUUAACCUUGUUGCCAUGAAGGAAUUUCUUGAAAACCAAAAAUGUUUUGGUGAAAAGAUCAAAGCUAUUUAUAUAUGGUGGCAAAAGCCAGCUGUUAACCAGGAGCUGCUCCAGAGCCUUCCUAACUUAAAGGUGAUAGCAAACUUUGGGGUAGGAGUGGAUCACUUGGACUUGAAACUGAUCUCUAGCUUUGGAGUGAAAGUGACCAAUACCCCGUUUGCUGUGUCUAAUGCCACUGCAGACCUGGGCAUAGCGUUAAUGCUAGCAUCUUCCAGGAGAUUGGUAGAAGGACGUCAGAUUGCAGUUUCCCCAGACACUGAGCAGUUUGCUGCUGACUGGCUGGGAGAGGAUGUCACUGGGGCGACCCUUGGGAUCAUUGGAAUGGGCAGGAUUGGCUAUAAAGUGGCCAAGCGGGCCAAAGCCUUUGACAUGAAAAUUCGGUAUCACAACAGGAACCGGAGAAAGGAGGAAGAGGAGCAGGCUGUUGGUGCUUGUUACUGUGAAAAAAUGGAAGACUUGCUCCAGCAGUCAGAUUUUGUGAUGUUGGUUGUGAACCUGACACCUCAGACACACAAACUGAUUGGGAAAAGAGAACUAGAGCUGAUGAAACCCACUGCUACUCUCAUUAACAUCUGCAGAGGCCCAGUGAUUGAUCAAGAUGCACUGGUGGAAGCACUUCAGAAUAAAGUUAUCAAGGCUGCUGCACUGGAUGUAACUUACCCUGAACCUCUGCCAAGAGAUCAUCCUUUGUUAAAAUUAAAGAACAUUAUAAUUACUCCUCACAUUGGAACUGCUACUAAACAUGCACGGCGGCUCAUGAUGAAGAGUAUGAUUGAAAACAUAUUUUCUGCUCUUAAUGGUCUUCCUAUCCCUAAUGAAGUAUUUCCUUAAUGUGACUUCUGUCUCUAGUGGGUUAUGGAAUAGAGAAGAUCCCACACAACUUACUGAUUCAUUUGAUGCACUGGCUGGGGGAGUAUCUAGUUGAC